CAUGUCGUGUGGGUCCAUAAAGGGACAGUAACAAUUUUCCCGUGAAUAUAACCGAAAUUUCACAAUAAAUUCACCAAAAAACGAGCGUCACAAGCCACCGAAUAAUACAAUACGUCCAAAGAUAAGUCUCAAUACCACUAACAUUGGAAUACUCAUGAUUUAUCGUUCAUCAAAAGUUAAGACAACACAUACAUAUUAAGCGAUACACCAAUUUUACGAGCAUUUGUCGAGGCGCCAAAGUUGUCCCGCAUCGGCGCUUAUUUCACCCCAAGUGGUAUCAAUGUUGUCUGGCAAUGGUGUGUAAGGAGAACGUGGAAUCAUGGUUUCGGAAUCUGUCCAGUUAUAACCGUAUUGAUGUAAUGUGCAGUCUGCUCAACAUGUGUUUACCGUUUGAAGUGCGGUACUUGGGGACAUACGUUGAGGACAGAGGAAAGAGAGAUUACAAUGAUUUGCGUGAUACCGAGCAUCACGCUAAUAAUGCAUCUGAUGUCAAUGAAUUGUCAACACUGGGUGUUGGUGAUACGAGAACGAGGCGGAAACUCGUGCUGUACAUUUCACUGUUGCACGGCUGCAAUUACUCGUGUGCUGAAAUUCUUUACAAGAUUCUGGGUAGUCUGGAUGAUCAGGAGAUCGAUAGCAUACUGAGUGGGACCACAUUGAACCAGGAGCAGAAGGAUGAACAGCCACUGGAGGAGCUCCUGCUGCUCUACACGAUGGCACACUAUCAUCCUUCCUUCGGUUUUGAGCAGAAGAAGAGGGUUGGGGAUAUCCUUGAGAAAUUGCAGAAGGAGGAGACUCGAUUGAAUCCUCGAGAACCAGCACCAAGUAUAGCACCCAACGAUCGCCUGGAGGGAGGUGUUGAAAUGCCAGCAAAUUGUGUGAUGCCUCCAUCUCCCCUGCAACAGUAUCUGCCAGACGUUCAGAUGAGGCCACCAAUGAUGGGUGGAGUGCCUCCUGGAAUAACAAUGCCACCUCCAGGGCUUUGUAUGCCUCCGGGCAGUGAUCAAAUGUCGAUGGGAGCAUCGACUCCCCAGUAUUUGCCCCUAGGUUUUCCCUCAGCAGUGAGUCCAAUGGCUCCCUGGCAAAAUCAGACUGUGAUGAUGACUCCAAUGAAUCAAAUGAUGUAUCCUGGCGAGAUACCAGGGUAUCCGACGUCCCCGAUGGUCUCCAGACAGUCCUCACCGUCACAAUCGAGAUCUCCGAGUCGAAGUAACUCCCCCAUGAGCAGGAGGAAUAAUACCAAUGCUCAGAGGUGGACUUUUGAGGAGAGAAAGGACAUUUCGAGUCCACAGAUGCCGAGCCCAAUGGCCACUUCGUCGUCCAGCAGUCAAUCAAAUGUCGUCUCGAACUCGGGAAACAGUGGGGGACAUUUGGGGUCCAACAGGAGUGCUCCUAGUCAGAGGGUACCCACGAGAGAGUCCUCCAUGACUUACUCGAGGCACAACAGCAGUGAUAGUGUCAAUGUUGCUACAGCAAGUAGUAUUGAUAAUAAGGCUAGUAAACAACCACCACCUCCACGGUUGCGACCCUCUGUCUCUGGGGACUCUGUCAGGGAAAGCGGAAAGGAUCUGCCGAAUUUCAAGGGGAAUCUUCCUAAUUAUUCUCGUGAAGAGAUCAGAAGAUUGAGUGACGAGGACCUGCGGGACCUCGGUCUGACGCCGAACGCAGUCGGCCAACUCCGCAACAUCGUGAGAAGUCAAACGACCAACGGUCUCUCGAGCCAGCCCCCAGCCCUCGAUAAGAAGCCCGACUCCUCCCUUCCCCUCCACCACCCUCCCCCCUCGCCCCUGCCGCCGCCAGACAGCGAAGUAGUCCAACAAAAUGACCAGUUGAACGACACCAGUGCCAUGAAGCCAUCCCCAGUCCCCCAACCGAUCCCCGAGCUCUACCAACCAAUGCUCCACCACCACCACCACCACAACAACCACACCAUCGGAGGUAUGAGGAGAUACCCCACAAUGCCCCCCCUGGACCCCACCCAGAUACCCCAGAUGUACACAACACCACCCCCGACUCUCUACCCAACGCAGACCCCCUGUUACGCCUGUUUUCCAGUCUCUGGAAUGCAGACACGUUUCGCCAGAUGUCCAUCUCAGCACGUUUACUGUCUGACACACCUGCAGACGUUGAGACUGGACGACAGCAGUCGCCAGGGCUCGCAGAGCAGUAGUUCAGACAGCACAGGCAGCAGAUCGCCCCCAGAAACACCUCCAGCAGCUCCCUGGAUCAAUCCCAACACAACGACGAGUGUCAUGAGCUCUCCGACGUCCACAGGGACGAGUACAACAUCCUCGGUGACACCGGGCGCGACAAUAUCCUCGUCGUCGACCCUCGGGGCUCAGGGGAUUGUGCCGGCGUCUGUGAUGACUACGUCAACAGCAACGACAACGACACCAGUCAGCAGUGAUGGCUACAAUCCUGGGGAGCACAGUCAGGGCUCCAUUAUGACGCACCAGGGUGGAGCCAUGCCGAAUAUUCAGCAGAUGAGUGAGAGACCUAAACACAGGAAGGGCCACAUGAUGAGACACAAGAGCCACAUGAUGAAUGGAGCACCUGCUGUCAACAUGGCACCCUGUGUCUCAGCUUUUCCGGUCUCUGGACACUCGCAGAUGACGUUCCUUCCACAUGGGCAUGUCUCGUUGAGGCCUAACACUGGGAUGUAUCCGAGCUUCUCGGGGUACAGGCCUAGCUAUCCUGGCGGCUUUCAGCCCAAUGGGGAGAUCAUGUUCCCUUAUCCCCCGCCUAGCACUGGUGGCACUCCACCACCUGCCACUAUGCCACCUUCGACGGUCACUGUCGUUGUGCCCUCGCCCACGCAGCAGAGUUACAUGCCACCUGCCCCUGUUGUACCGUUCACGGCCACCGUCCAACAAAACAAGGUCUCGUGUUAUAAUUGCGGGAGCAACGGGCAUCAUCCUGGGGACUGCAAGGAUCAGACCAUGGAGGAUCUUACGAAGAGAGCGCCAUAUCGAUUAGAUUAUUCAACAGCCAAGCAACCAGGUGAUUGUCCGAACGACAAGUGAUCUCUGAACCGUAAUGGGACGAUUAAAAGCAUAACAACGACCCAAGCCACAUUGGCAACACUACAUCACGAUAUUAAAUCAAAAUUCCACCCUAAUCGGCCGCAUUGCAGACUCUAUCUGCAAUUACUCGUUGAAAUACCCUACAAUCAACAAUACAUCGUCGAGAGAGAUUUUUUAAAUGCUGAUCUAUCACAAUUAACUCUACCAGGUACACGUUUUACAAGUUACUAUUUAUGACCCUCAUUGUAAUUGUUAUUAAUAUUAUUAUGAAUCUUAGAAAAUAUCUAUACAUAUAUACGAUAUAUUUAUGAUAUUUAAUAUAUGUAUACAUAUUUAUUAAUUAGUCGUGUACAGAGUACGAAAUACCGUGAAUAUUACUACGUAAUUUUCGUUUUUUUUUCGAUCACAUUUUAUUUAUAUCGCUCUUUUCAAUUAAUUAAUUAGUACUCGA